AUGCAAGGGGGAAGAGGUGGAAGGCAGGGCUUGUUCGGUUUCGGGGACCCUUUUGUUGGUUUCGGCAGCUUUGGACAGCCAGGGAGCCUUGUGCCCAGUUUCUUUGGUGGCGCAAAUCCCUUUGACGACCCUUUCUUCACAAACCCCUUUGGUAGCAUGAUGCAACCUAGUUUCCCAACCCCUUUCAGCGGCAUGAUGCAACCUAGCUUCAUGAACCCCUUUGGUAGCAUGAUGCAACCUAGCUUGCUUGGACCAAGUAUGUUUGCGCCCCAUGGCGAUCUCAAUGGAGGCAUGUUUGGAAGCCAGACACAUCUCAGUCAAGGCAUGAGCAAUGCCAGUGGUUUCAUUCAGCAGGCCCCUGAACCAAGCAGGCCUAAAGGGCCAAUUAUCAAGGAGUUGUCUUCAGAUGACGAGGAUGGUGCAGACUAUGAUAAAGAAGAUGAGAAGAAGAAUGGUAACUUUAGGAAGCAUCCAAGGGAAAGCAAAGAGCCGUAUGUGGAGGACCCGGAUGAAGAAGUAGAAGCUUAUAAUAAAAGACCUAAGCAUGGACAGUUUGGGAGGGAGUUCAGCAGAGCUAGCACAUCACGUCCACAGCCUCAGACAUUUAUGUUUCAGAGUUCAACUGUUACAUAUGGUGGUCCAAAUGGAGCCUGUUAUACAUCUUCAACGACUAGGAGGACUGGUGCAGAUGGAAUUACACUGGAAGAAAGUAAGGAGGCUGACACAACUACUCGUAAAGCAUCUCACAGGAUUUCACGUGGCAUUGGCAGUAAGGGUCACUCGCUAACAAGAAAUCUUAAUUCUGUUGGACAUGUGAACACCCUUCAAACUUUACACAACUUGAAUGAAGAUGAGCUUGCUGGGUUUGAGGAAUCGUGGCAAAGAAAUGCCAGGGAGAAUAUGCCUGGCUGGGAUCCUAGGAUGAACAUGCUUGGCAACGGAAAUGUUCACUCUAACUUCCGAGAUGUGAAUCAAAUGCCUGCACUUCCAGCUCCUGAUCGAUCCCGUGGCACGAAUUCCUCAUGGAACUUUCAGAAUGGCUCUUCCAUGGGUCGUGCACCCCGCACAUGA